AUGUCGGUUUUACGCUACAUUCUUCCUACCCUGGCGUUGGCGCUGGGAGCCAUCGCCGAUGCGAAGAGCUUCACUUUGGAUCUCACCUGGGAGACCGCCUCGCCCGAUGGAUUCGAGAGGAAGAUGAUUCUGGUGAACAAGCAGUUCACUGGACCGAGGAUUGAGAUCACUGAGGGAGAUGAUGUUACCAUCAAGGUCAACAACAACCUCCCCUACGCCACAACCGUUCACUACCACGGUAUUGAGCAGUUGAACACCCCUUGGUCCGAUGGUGUUCCCGGCCUCACCCAGAAGCCCAUCCAGCCCGGCAAGAGCUUCGAGUACAAGUGGAAGGCCACUCAGUAUGGUGCCUACUGGUACCACGCCCACUACGAGGGACUCAUCGAGGAUGGUCUUUACGGAGCCAUCACCAUCCACCCCGCCGCCUCCCACCAGAAGCCCUUCAGCCAGAUCUCCUCGGACGGCGCCGCUAUUCACGCCAUGGAGCAGGCCGAGAAGAAGGUCGUUCCUCUCCUGCUCGCUGACCACCGCCACAUGAUCUCUGAGGAGGUUCACGACCUGUCCAAGGCCGCCGACAUCCAGUUCUCCUGCUAUGACUCCUUCCUGUUCAACGGCAAGGGCAGCGUCAUCUGCCGUACCCCCGAGCAGAUUGAUGCCCUUCUGACCCAAGAGCGCAAGGAUGUUCUGGCCAAUGUUGCUGUCACACCCCCGCGCAACCUUCCACAAACACCAGUCACCCUAACAUUAUCUAGAUGCAUUCCCGCUGCUGUCAUUGCUCGUGGCCAAGGUGAUCUGAGCAAGGUUCCUGCCGGCGUCUUUGAUGGCUGCCAGCCUAGUGAUGGUGGCCUCGAGACGUUCAAGGUCGAGAAGAGCAACUGUGAUACUGAGAAGUGGGUUGCCUUUGACCUCGUUGGUGCCUACGGCCUCCACACCGCCAUGUUCUCCAUCGACAACCACUCCAUGUGGGUGUACGCUAUGGACGGUGCCUAUGUCACUCCCCAAGAAGUGGAGGCUAUUCCCGUCGCCAACGGUGACCGAUACUCCGUCCUCGUCAAGUACAAACAGCAGGGCGACUUCACCAUCCGCGCUGCCUCGGUCAUUGCUACCCAGAUGCUUAGCGGUACCGCCCUCCUCCAGUGGCGUGAGAAGGGCCAGCCCGAGCCCACCAUUGUUGCCUCUACUCCCUGGGUCGCCGACAACGGCAAGCCGACUUCCAAGGAUGUCCGUGUCUUCCGCCAGGCUCUCGCCAAGCCAUUCCCUCCCAUCGCCAUCCCCCAGACCGCCAGCGUCCUGCACAAGUUCGAGAUGCGCAGCGAGGGCGGCUCCUACUUCUGGGCCCUGAACGACAACUUCCUCCUCCCCGCUGACUACGAGAAUGACUCCCCCGUCCUCUUCGGCGUCCUUGCCGCCGAGAACGACCCCACCGUCGUCUCCACCAAGAACGGCACCUGGGUCGACAUGGUCUUCCAGGCCACGGCCCCGCCCCAGCCCCCUCACCCGAUUCACAAGCACGGCAACAAGAUGUUCCUUCUCGGCUCCGGUACCGGUAACUUCACCUGGAACACCAUCGAGGAGGCCGUCGCCGCCAAUGGUACCCUCUGGAACCUGGUCGACCCUCCUCGCAGGGACGCCUUUGCGACGCCCAAUGCCAUCAGCCAGCCUACGUGGAUGGCUGUUCGGUACCUCGUCGACAACCCGGGCCCCUGGUUGCUCCACUGCCACAUUCAGAACCACAUGAUGGGCGGUAUGUCUGUCAUCAUCCAGGACGGCAUCGAUGCCUGGCCCGUUACACCGCAGGAGUACGUCAAUUACAACUAA